UUCCCAGCUUGGCUUUGCCGGAUGCCGUUUCCGCUGAAGUUCCACGAGUUUCGAUGUACCUCGCGUGGAUCGCUGCUGGACUGGCAGGCUUGAUCUUAUUCAGCUAUGGUGCCAGCCAUGCAGUACACUGGCAGAGGAAGAAGCGAGAUGCCAGGACCGAAUUCUUCGGCCCCGUAGAGCUCUGGCUGGAGCUGCUCACCCGCUACCCUUUGCUGUGCCUCGUGGCGGGGGUGGCGCUUCCGGCCGCCUUCGGGUUCUGCGCGUUCCAGGAGGCUGGGCUUCCGGCGGUGGAUCUGGACUUCUCGGGGUACCUGGCCGCGGAUCUGCCCAUCCAGCGAUCCGCGAGUGUCGUUCAGGAGGCUGUCCGACGGGAAGAGGCCAAGCGUGGCGACCGAAGACGGCGAGCCCAACAGUGGGCUGGGUGGCGAUUUCCGUCGCCCAACUCUUCGGAGGAAGGCGCUUUAGGCCGGCGCUUGCAGACGCAGUCCAAGCCUUGGCGGAAGCUCGAGCUGUUUUACCAGGCCUUGGACAGCCGGGGCAUUUUCACCGCGGAGGCGCUGGAGGAAAUCAGGCAAUUCGAAGAGCUCGUCCAGUCCUGUAACGGGUACUCAGAGCACUGCCUGCUGGAAGAUGGCCGCUGCAAGGCGCCAGAUUCACCUACCUCGCUCUUCUUUGAGCCCGGCUUGGAGCUGAAGGAUAUCAACACCACGCUGAGAAGCCUUCUGAGGGACGGGAUCUAUUGGUUCACCGACAAGGACUUCAAUGCACGGAACCUGACGAGCCAGUACACCCGUGCGACCUUUCAGGGCGGCAGGCCGCUGGCGGGGUACAGCGUUUGGCAAGACAGGUGGUCGGAGCAGCUCCGAAGGCAUGAGGACUUCCUAGUCGAGCUCUAUGAGCAGGUGCUGCGCCGCGCGGACGCUGGGGAGCUGGCCUUCGAGCAUGUCCGCUUCACCUGGUACGAGCCAUCGCUUCAGAGCUAUGAGGUGAACAAGUGGCUCUUUCAUGACGCUCUUUGGUGUGCAGGUACCUUUGCAACUGUCGCCAUCUUGAUCAUGCUGAAUCUGCAGAGUAUUUUCUUGACGCUCAUCGGGCUGCUGGGUGUCCUGUUGGCCUUUGCUGCCACCUUCUACUUCCACUCGGUGGUAAUGGGCUACACAUCCUUGACCGUCCUGGACUUUUUGUCCCUGUUCCUGAUUGUUGGAAUCGCGGCUGACGACAUGUUUAUUUUGUGCAACACCUUCUACCUGGCUCCUGCGGUGCUCGGCGAUGCCACACCCGUGGAGUGCAUGAAAUGGGCCUACAAGCCUGCGGGUGAGGCGAUGCUCGUCACGACAGCAACGACCGCGGGGUCGUUCUAUGCGAAUUGCGCCUCUGUGCUGAUCGUAGUGAAGAAGUUCGGGUUCUUCAUGGGCACGUUGGUGAUUUGGAACUACAUCAACGUGAUGAUCAUUCUUCCAGCAGCUAUUUUGGUCCUAGAGAUCUACCUGUGGCCUUUAGCCGCGUGUUGCCAGCAUGGGAAGAGAGGACCAGGGCAAGAGUCAUUGGCGAAUGUGUCCGAGACAGCUCGAGAGUCUUACUCUUCGAGAGGUGGGGAAAUACGCAUUUCCUUGGACUCCAAGUAUUCGCGCGCCGUUCCUCGCGUGACAGCCACCUCUUUGCGAACAUCUUUCAGGAGCAUAUCCUCGAUGGCUGACCGGGCGCAAUCAGCCGUCGUCAGGACUUUGGCAUCGCGGGCGAGCGUCAAGGUGCUUAUUCAGCGGGACAUCGAUGAAGACCAGCUGAACGGCCUCGAGCGGUUCUUGCAUGGCCCCUUCCACCGCCUGUUGACGCGCAGCUGGGCGUGCUGGCUGCUGUUGUCAAUGUUGAUCAGUGUCUUGGGCGCGUGGAUGACGGUGUCGAGCCUCACCUUGGCCAAAGGAGAGCUGCGGAUCUUCCCGGAGACGGUGAACGCUGGGCGCCUCGAGGCGCUGCUCACGGAGGUCUUCUCGGCGGAGAGCUUGGACACGGAGUGGGCCGCUUCCUCUUCCACGGCGGUUAACCCCAGCACGGUUUCGGGCAACUCCAGUGACUGCCCAGUCAUGGCCGACGGAGCCGGAGCCGACGGAGCCGACGGAGCCGACGGAGGUGAAGUCCCAUGCUCCGGGCACGGCACGUGCGGGGCGACGGGUGCCUGUCAUUGCCUCCCGAAGUUCGUGGGAUACGCCUGCUCCGUGGAGAGGAGGAACGCCACCCUUCAGAUGGAUCCGGAGGUGAACUUGGUGCGCACAGCCGAGCCAACUGCGACACACGUUCCUGCCUGGGAGAUGCCGGAGGAGAACAUCGCUUGGCUCAGCAACGUGGGCGAUGCUGCGCUGACCUGGGAAGCCGAAGUGGAUGUGGAUUGGCUUGCGCUGCUUGAUGUCGGCGGCUCCAUAGGCGCGCGCCGCUUCAAUGGGACGGAUGUCCAGAUCUCCGGGCAGGCGCUGCGGUUUUUGGUGCGCUGGGCCGGGCGAGCCGUCGGAUGGAGUGGCCGGGCGGAGGUGGCCAUACGUGCCGGAAGCUCGGAAGUCAGGCUGCAGGUGACGGCGGCGGUCUUGGCGCCACCCACCUUAUCGGCUUUGGCUGUGCGCCCCUUUGGCCACAUCUCUCCCGCUGGCGGCCUUGUGGUUCCGCCCUUCACCCCAAGCGGCUGGCCAAAUGCGUCCUACGCGGUGCAGGUGCCGUAUGGCACCGCGCAGGUGGAGUUGCAGAUGGGCGUCCAAGCAGAAUUGCAGGUCCUGGUAGACGGACAGAUGCUGGAUUCUGCCUUUGAGCUGUCACGCAAUAUUUCGCUGGCAGCCGGGGCCAGCAAUGUCACGGUUGAAGUGCGAUCUCUUCGGCUGAACCGCUCCAGUGUCUACUGGCUGGGAAUUGAGAGGCAAGCGCCGGAAGAACCUCGCGCAGUGCAACUUCAACGGGCGGUUGCUGCUCAUGGGGAGAUCGAGGUCACCUACGCGUUGCCAGCUGAGCUGCCAGAUGGUUUCCAAGGCGUUGCCGCCAGUGCCAGCUCCGGGAUUCUGUCCGCCACCUAUGCGGUCACCCCUUGCCACCCUGCGAGCUGCUGGGACUGGAACGCGCUGGAAGCAUUGCCGGGCGGCUGCUGCCGGAUGGUCCUGGGGAAUUUGAGCGACGGCCUCUGGACCUUUGCUGUGCGAGCGGUGGGCGCAGCAGGCCCUGGUGCAAUAUCCAGACCAGAGGUUGGCAAAGGCUGGCCAGCCCUUCGAGUCGCGAGCGACCCCAUGGCGCCCAGUUUGAGGAGCCCGCCGGUGGUGGUCGGCCACCACGGCUCCGUGGAGCUGCUGGUGUCAAGCCAAGUGGAGGGCGACAGCGGCGCGCUGCCCCUGGGCCGCCUGCGCUGCAGAUCUGCUCCCGGCGAGGUGCUGAGUGAGGACUCCGCGUUUGUGGCCGCAGCCAACCAGUGGCGCGCCGUGGUGCGUGGCCUGGACCCAAACGUCGAGUACACCUUCGCCUGCUCCAUCUCGAGCUCGCGAAGCGGAACCGGGGCGAGCUUCGCGAGCUCGUACUCUCCCGCCACCAGUCCGGUACGCCCGUUGGUCCACCCGGGAACUCCCAGCAUCACCUUCUUCCGCUGGGCAAAAGGCGGGCUCCCGGAGGCGACCUUGGCAGACACCGACCUGGUGCGGUGCAGUUUGGGCAACCAGACGGUUGAAGGUGCAGGCGAAGUGAUCAGCUUUCUGCCCCAGGACUCUGAGGGUUUCUCCCUGCGCUGCGCGCUGCAAGUCUGCGACCUGGGCCUCUCCGAGUUUUGCGUUUGGGGCGAAUGGACGGCGGCGGAUUUCCCGGCGCGGCCAAAGGCGCCGAAGGUGGAGGUGAAGGCGGAAGGCACUACGCUGCGGGUGACGCUGGUCUCCUUGGGGUGGCAUCGCUGUGAGGUCCGAACGGCUCUCGAGGAGGUGGCAGACUUGGAGAGCAGCACGGAGACUAAUACCUCGACUUGGCUCAUUGAAGACUUGGCGCGCGGGGUCUACGUCGUGUCGUGUUUCGUCCGACACCUGGGCGCCAACUUCUUGCUGGACAGCAUGCCGACGUACGAACUUGUAUCUCUGGGCUCAGAUGAGGACCUGGCCGCUGUGGACGCGGUCUCCGUGUCCGCGGCAGGGGAAGGAGCUCUUCUUGUGACCUUGGACUCCCAGGCUGGAGGCUACGCCUGCCGAGUGGAUGGCGGCGACGAAAUCCUGGGUGCCUCAACCACGCAGCAUGUGCUGGUCAGCGGGCUGAUUCCAGGCCGGUCCUACAGCUUCGAUUGCCUGUCCCUCGGCUCGACGCUCAACGGCACAGCGGUGUACGCGACGCGGAACGCGACGGCGGUGCCGACGCGGAAGGCGGCCAAGCGCCCGGAGGCGCCGGAGAUCUUGGCCGUCGUCCCAGGAGAUGGAGAGUUGCAGAUCUUGCUGCUGCCUCCGCAGUCCUUGGAAGCAAGAGGCUUCGCGGAGAUCACCAGUCUCACUUGCUUCAACGACCUGGCAGAGAGCACAGUGGCCCCUGAGGGUACGUCAGAGCUUCCUACCGCGACCCUGCUGCGCCUCCGCGCCGAAGGCCCGGCCUUCCGCUGCGCGGCGCGCUCGGCCGCGGGCGCCGGGCGGCCGCGGGAGGAGAGGGCCAGCCUGGGGCUGCCCAUCGUGGCCGGAUAUCGAGUCAAGUCUGUGAUGAAGAAACAGCUGCGGGCCCACUUCGCGGACGUUUUGGGGCUGCCUUUGAGCGUGCUGACGCUGCACGCCGAAGAGCAUGAUCAGCACCUGCGUUCUGAACAUCCGCAACGGCGACUUGCCGAGGAAGACGUGUGGAUCGUGCAGGUGGUAGUUCCACACGAUCAAGAUCCCACUGCUUUGCCCCUGGCAGCGAAAAUGGACAGUCCAGAGACCACGGAGACUUUGUCUCGACGACUUCAGACUCCCGUGGAGCUGGUUGCUUCCGCCCGGCUUUGGCUUGCCGAUGAGCUGGACUCACGCCUGAAGCAGUUGAUGGUCUACGAAGACAACCAGCAGCCAGCGGCGCUGCUUCAGUGGCCGAGUGACGAGGUCCAUUUCGUGCAGGUGGCAUCCAGCCGAUUUUCCGUGCUGGGGAUCCCAAGCAGCCCAAAAGCCACCGUGAAUGCUGGCAACGUCUUUGACAUCAGUUACCCGCUUCCAUAUAUGGUGAAUGUGUCCGUGAUGGUCAUUGCAGCCGAUGGGACGCUGCGACAGUAUGCACUGGCGGUUGGUUCGCCUGCUGUUGCUUGUCAAGGUGACUGCCUACAUGGCUACUGCGAUGGACUGCUUGGCCAGUGUCGCUGCGAUGCUGGCUGGACCGGAUCACAGUGUGAGGACCAUUGCCCUGGCUUUCCUCCUUGCGGGCAGCAAGGCCACUGUACUUUGCUGGCAGCCAGUGAGAACAUCUCUGUGAGGAGGCGCUGCGUCUGCACCGCCGGCUACGGUGGUGCAGAUUGCAGCCAGCGUAUUUGCCCAGCAUGCCUGAAUGGGGGCAGCUGUGUGGAGGAUCCGGACAAUCUGACCCAUGAGCUCGCAUGCCAGUGCCCUUCUACCCAUGGUGGUCCUCUCUGCGAGGAGCGGCGCUGCCCUUCGAACUGCAACGGCGCGGGCAGUUGCGAUGUGGCCACCGGCAGGUGCUCGUGCUGGCUCGGAGCGACCGGCAUCAGCUGCAACGAGAGCGCGGAUGCCUCCGAGCCCCUGACCAACUGUGUGGAAGUGGCCUUGGUUUGGGGCAUCCAGGGACCGAGGACGGACAAUGUGUCCGCCCCGGCCUUCGAUCCCUCCUUCGAGCUUCUUGAAGCCGAGGCGCAGAUGUGGCUCUUAGACGCCUGUUCUGCAGCUCGCAACAUCACCGCGUUGCAAGUGCGCUCGGAGGUACCCUGCUGGAUAGAGGCCUGGAAAGAGUACGUCCUGGCGGUGGGUGGCACCUUUCCUGUGCGUCCCAGGAGCCUGGCGUCGCAGGCGCUGACGGCCUUCUUCCACCAGCCGCAGGCCGAUGCCUUCCAAAGGGAUCUCGGCACCGUGGGGGACAACUACACAGGACACGCAGUGUUUGCCUUGGUUCGAUUCUUCGUGAACGCCCCGCAGAAUGGCGGGGCAUCCAGGCUGCAGCUGGUGCGCGGAGCUUGGGACGACUUCCUCUCCGGGCUGAACCGAGAAGCUCCCAGUAGCGCUGGUGCAGCGCUGAUGGUGUCUCAUGCUUGGACAUCUGCGGACAUGGAAGAGAGCAUCCUGUCCAACACGGGGCAGUCGUUUUGCUUGUCCAUGGGCAUCGCGGUUUUAUGCGUGGUGCUGUUCAGCCGAAACCUGGUCAUCGGACUCUUUGUGCUCCUCACCAUGCUGAUGGAAGUGUGCCCGCUCUUCGGGUUCCUCUUCGGCGUGAUGGGAUACGAGUUUGGCGCAAUCGAGGCAGUGGGCGCUGUGAUCUUCGUGGGCAUGAGCGUUGACUACUGCCUGCACCUGGCGCAUGGCUAUCAUUCAGCCAGCAGGGAAUCACGGACUGACAAGCUUCAAACCACGCUGGUGAAUCUGGGCCCUUCCAUCGUGGGUGGAGCAAUCACGACGGCUGCUGGCACGUCCUUUCUCCUGCCGUGCCGCAUUGUGCUUUUCGUGAAGCUCGGUACCAUGCUUGUCGCCAACACAGUGUUGUCUUUGCUGUUCACCUUUAUCUUCCUGGCACCCUUGCUGGCUGUGGCGGGCCCUCUGCACGGCUCCUUCUCGCUGGCGUGGUCGAACAGGUACACGAGGCAAGAAGACGAGCUUUUCGGUGCGGCGCUCGGGUUCGAGGAUCGCAACUCCACGCGGACGCACACAAGUAUCCUGCGCAAGAGUGGCCGACAAGCAAGGACAACAAAGGUUCAAUCGGACCACAGAGAGGUGGUGAUAGGUCCGUCCAGGCCCGGCCAACCUGUGCGACCAAAGACCUCCGUGAGAAUUACAAGGUUCUCCAAGGCUUCGAGGAGAACUCAUGCUGGCGCUGCGCAGAAAGGAAGCUCCAGCGUGUGAUGAUCGGAAGCGUCCUUUGCUGGCCGGGCAUUGGGAGCUGGGGAAUUCAGGCAGUGGCCGGGAUUUUCGAAGGGAACCAGUAUUCUGUAC